AUGUGGCAAAAAUUUGUCCCAAUCGAGGGCAGCGCCGCUUUCAAAGUACCACGGUUCAUGCGCGCCUAUGACACUUCAGUCGGUGAGGAACAGAGGUACAUGACCGCGAAGCUGCUUAACCAUCAGCCUGACCAGGCCUCGGUAUAUACUACAAUGGGGAACCGUUUCAAGAGGAUAAACCAGUCCUGGAAGAUAAGACGUCCCUGGUAUGCAGAUGAGUACAAGAAAUGGCAAAUGACACCGUGGGCCUGGCCCCAAUGUAGAACGCUCAUCUCACGGCUCAAGGAAGCCCAGUUAGAUUCUGUGGUCCAUCUCGGAUCAUGCGCACAAGUGGAAGCUAAGCAGAUUUCGGAGAGACUUUCACGCUAUAUGAAAAUAUACUUCGCCAAUAAGAAAGCCAAAGCGGGUGAGAAUUCUGUGAUAUGGCUAUUCGCGGUCAUCGGGCUCCUCAUGGAGGCUUCAAUACCAUACAUGGACGACGAAUACAACGAGAUGACUGUCACGACCGAAUUCCACCCGAGCACACAAGCCGCUGCCAAAAACGGAUGGCCCACGCUCAUUUCAAACCGUAAAUCCAAAAGAUCUGGAUGUGCAAAGAGCAAAUAUUCGAAUCAUGGCGAAAUGCUGGAUAAAUUUAAAGAUUUGUUCGCCCAAUGUGUGAAGACAUACGCGAUGCCCCAAAGUUGGAUCUCUGCCCUUGCACAAGCCGCAAGGGACGUCAUUGCCGAGAGGCAGAAAAACCCCGAGCCAGACGUUCAUACCAGCUUCAACUUCGACAUACCCCCCUACGAUUCUUCCGAGCCAUGGGUCGUGCGUCAGGACAACGAGAGCGCCGAUGUGUUCUUGAGGGACGCCGAGCGCUUGAUUUCCGUGGCGGCUGCCCCAACAAGCACGAAGGGUCGCAUGGUUAGCGUCUCCUCAGCUGCCACGAAAAGUGUUGCCAUGAAGAACAGCAUCUCUUCCCAAAGUCGGCUGACACGCAUACCAACUCUGUACUUUACGGUCGGUGAAAUUACCAACCACCGGGCGGUUGACCACGCCUGGAUCGUUGAGCCAGACGGGAGCUAUGGCUACGAUGUCUAUGAUAUCACAGAGGAGUUGAAACAGUUGAAACUUACCAAUCAGCAGUACCAAGCACUCCUGGCCAUGACGCCUGAUCGUUGUCGGAUGCUCUCUAGGAACGGCGCUCAGGCAAAUGCGAUCCGCGCAAAGCUAGGCAAAGAGAUCAGUCGUAUUGGCAAGCAGAUGAUGGAGCUACACCCGGCCGAGUUUGAAGAAUACACAGACGGCCAGGGCAGAUCUAGUGGGAAGACGUGGGUCGCAUUCGGCACCUACAUCUACGAUAUCACCGAAUUCCCCUUUACCAGCCAGGACGAAAAGCAGCGUGUCCUCCAGGCAUCCCGGGACGAGAUGCCAGACCCCUCCUCUCCAGCCGACCAGUUCGACGACGAACUGCUGGACAACCUGUCGCUGUUCAAAUGCGGAAGCCUGAAGUCCUCAAAGUCUAGCGUGCGCCCACAGCUCUAUCCCAUGACGGAGAAGAUGCUGCGCUGGCACGACAACCCCGGGACAGGAGUCUAUGUGGCUAUCCAGGACGUCAUCUACGAUAUCACAGGUUACAUCGAGCACCACCCCGGUGGAAGGGAUAUCCUCAUGAUGGGCGGUGGCGUGGAUCAGACCGCCGCAUUCCUGCAGAGCCACGAUCCUGCCAUCCUCAGAGACUAUGAGGAGCUAAAGGUCGGUCGCCUCGUGAAGGAAGUCAACCUCGACGAGGUAAAGCGUGAUGAGAUAGUACUCCACGACUGGGUGUUCAAUAUCAAUGGACUCCGAGGUAAGGACCCAGUUCUGUACAAUGACCUGCUCAGCCACCGCGGCACCGACGCGACCUCCGUCCUCACGACCGAGGGUAGCGCCAGCGUCGCCCUCUCGCGCCUGUACCUCCACGAGAAGGCGAGCGUGGUGGCCAAGCUGCGCGACUUGCGGCCUCUGCCGACCAUCACUGAUGGCGUGCUGGCCCGACACUAUGAGCCAGACUGGGCCGGCGGUGCGUGGCUCGAGGCUAACGGCGAUGUGUAUAAUGUCACUGACAUCAUGGAACACCCCCAAUACUACCGGAAAGAAAUCCCCCAGGUAUGGGCGGGCAAGAACCUGACCAGGCCCGACCUCCUAAUCUGGCUCACGACGACGCACGCGGAGCGGCGCAUCGGCCGGCUGGUCACGGGCCCGGCCGCGAACCCGAAAGAGCGCGUCCAGUCCCGCAGCGCGGGCGCGGCGCAGAGCUGGAAGGCGUGGGCCGAGGCGGCCGCCGAGGACCCGGCUCUGCUGCCCGACGACAACGACCGCAGGUGCUGCACGAGGUAUAGGGAAGGCGACAAUAUUACCGACUAUUUCGAGAUCGAGGUCGAUCCGGAUACCAUUGGGUCGGGCGAGGGCUGGGAGCCGGAUGCUAAGAGGCGGAAGGUGGAGAUUUGGUAG